GAAAGCAGCUGCUUUUGCUAACUUCGUUUGUGGAAUUUGUUUUUGUUUUUUUUUUUAAAUUUCUUUCAAACUAGUAAUCGGCUGAAGAAGUUUAAAAUUUAAUAUUUCUUUUUACAAAGCUUUUUCAGCUUAUUACUGCUUGCUGUAUCGAAAUUUUGACGAACUGCGAACGGAGCCCUGAGAAAGACGAGCAAAAGAAGAAUCGAAAAGCAAAACAAUUUAAAAAUCGUUGGCCAAUAGAAAGAUGGAAAAAGAAAACGGCAGCUUGUAUGAAGUUUGUCGUGUGUGCGCCAAUAAAAUAAAGGACAAGAUUCGCCAGCGGCAAUUGUUCGCCUCUAAGCGUAGCAAGUUACUAGAAAAUCUAAAAAUUAUAACCGGAGUCGAGUUGUCGCAGUAUGAAGGAUUGCCGAAUUUUAUUUGCCAUCGCUGCCACUCUGAGCUAGAUUUGGCAAUCAAGUUUCGGGAGCGCUGCAUUUUCUCGCAAAAUUAUCUGGAGAAUUUGCUGCAAAAGAGCAACAAAGAGAUUGUGUUUAAUGCAGCGGCUCAAGAGCUCUACGAGGACUUAAUCGAUGAAGAGCAGCUCGAGUAUGUUGAUGAAGAUGUGCAGGUCGUGGAACGCAACGAUGACGUAGACGAUGAUGUGCCCGAUGAUGUCAGUGAAAUGUUAACGAUCGAUGAGCUAUCCCAAUUCGAAGAAUUCGUUGAUGAGGGCGCUGCUGAGAAACAGUCAAAAUCAGAGAAACGACAUUUUGUACUGCUACAAGACACUCGACCCGCAAAGCGUUGCCGUAAUUUCUUUAUCUGUGAAGAAUGUGGUGAAUUUUUUAAGUGUCAGCCCGAUUACAAUGAGCAUUUAAAGUGUCAUGUGGAGUCGAAGGAGGCGAAACAGUUAUUCGCAUGCGGUCAAUGUGGGACGAACUUCAACAGCAGCAGUGCCCUAAGACAGCAUCGACAGCAGGAGCAUAACGGCCGACGCCUCUUCAAAUGCGCCACUUGCGGCGAAACAUUCCUGGAGCACAGCGCCAAGCAACGUCACGAGAUCGCACACAGGAAUGAGCGACCGUAUCCUUGCCUGGAGUGCGAUAUGAUAUUCGCCAGCGUUUUAGAUCUUCGCACACAUUCCACUAUUCAUGCAAAUCCCACAUUGAGAUGUGAGCUGUGUAAUCAGGACUUUGCGACACUCGAGCGCCUGGACGCUCACUCAAAGACAUAUAAACACAAACUGAGGCUGCAGCAAAUGCAGGAUGAGCUCAAUAUGCUGUGUGGCGUCGAGCUAGAAGAAAUCGAGAUAUCCUAAUACUUAUAUACAGUAUUAAAGCAUAUUUAAUAUUAUAAUUUAUGUAUUCAGUUUUAGCGUUUGUAACGCUUUCAACUUGUUUUUAUUUUUUAUUUAGUGUAUUUAUUUUACCCGGUGUGAUGGAAAUCACAAUUUCUAUUGAUCUGCAUUUAGAAAAACGAACAAAUCUGUGAAAGAGCGUUCUCGUUCAUAAACUUUAUUUUUAAAUAUGAA